AUGCCUUCACACGUUCAGUCACACUCGCCUCCCCCGCGGAGGCGGAGAGCUUUGCAAGAGCGCACUUCAGCACACAACAAUGAGAGAUCACCAACUCGGUCUUUGCGCAUGGUCAGCGAGCAGGAGGACGUUGACUUCUACACUGCCACCCCGUUUCCAACCAAGGUAGAACAGAUUCUGCUGCCAAUUCCCGGCAAAGGACAGCAGCAAUAUCCGCAAGAGUACAUCUCAGAUACCGGGUUCAGCUAUGCCGAUACUCCCGGACCGUCCACAUCGACAUGGUCCUCGCCAACCUUCAGUGCUGGUGCGGAGAGUAGCGCGCGCGCCCAUUCGGUGGUCGACAGCUGGGACAUUUCCUCGACCAUUGACCCCGGUAAUUCGCCGCCGGGGAUGUGGGAUGAUGAUCCACUGUCCAGCAAAUCAUCACUGCCAGAGAUCUCCUCGGGCAAAGCACCCGACUACGGCUCAGAGCCUUCCGAGGCCGAGUUCUCAGACGACGAGAUGCUUGUAUUACCCACCGCCACGCCCACCAUCAAGGCCGUGCUGUCUGAACCACCCACAUCACCCAAAUCGGCGAGCUCAGAGGAGGAUGAGUCUUGGAUCAAUUCGAGCCCUAAUGUCCAGCGGAUUGGAGCGCCUUCCAGCCCGAACUUUGUCACACUGGAUAAUUCCAGUGUGAACUUCCUUUCCUCAGGGACCUCUCAUUCUCAUGAGUCAGACCCUCGCUCCAAUUCCCUCUCCUCGUACGGAACGGUGGUGAGGCACCCUGGUGGUGUGCCAUGGAUCCACAUGGCUUCAUCAACUGAGCGUUUCAAUGGGAGUACACCUUCUUUCCAUUCAAGCCCACCCCUGCGGUCUAUGACAUCGUUUCGCUCUGUAUCCAAUGGACCUUCCGGAAGCCGGUCGCGCUCUGCGACAUCUUCCUCGCGCAGCCUGCGCUCUGUAUCUGAUAUUCAAGCGGCCAUUGACAGCGGGAUUCCUAUACAAUACCCGCGUAUCCGUGCUCCAUCUUCAAGUUCGCGAGCAGAAUCGUCCAUGUCUAGUGAGCGUGAUUUUACACCUGGCCCUGCGUCGGGUCGCUGGAACCCGCAUUUGCCAAGAGUAUCAUCUGUUUGGGAUGAUGAAGAGCUUUCCAACGAGCCAAUUCCUCGCGAGACGUCUAGCGCAGAGAUCUCGGAACCGUCUGCUCCAGCCCGUGCCGCUCUGAGCCAGAACAAGACAACUUCAUCCAUCUGGCUCGUCCAAGACGCGGACGAAGAUGAGCACUUGGACAGCCUGACCAACCUUCCAUCUCACCCUUCAUUCCCACAUAGCUUGUCCUCGGGGUCCAAGCGCAGUAAUAGCACGCGAAGCAUGAAACGCCCGCGAACCAGCUCAAGCAACUUAUUCCAAAUCAUCCCAACCUGGGCCAAGGUCUACUACUGUGCAGAUGCUCUCGGUCUGAACUCUGCUUUGUCCAUUUUUGAUCAAAGCCGGCCGUCUUCAGCGCGUCCCGGUACAGGGAAUUCCAGUGUUUUCAAUCUGAUGCCCACGCCGCUCAACAUUCCGCGACCGUGUUCACCAGAGAGACCUCGAUCACCGCAACGACCCGUGUCACCACAACAAUUAACACCUGAGGAACAACCUGGAUCGCCAGAAAUGGACGCACCGCCUCGCCCUCGCGCACCCGACCGUGUUCAUUUCCUCCAGAAGCGGAUCGAUAGCGACCCUCGCGAUCCUCGCGCCCACUGGGUCCCGACCCCCGUGCCCGACGAGUAUGAAGUCUCUGGUGGUCCCCGUCAUCGCCUGCGACACAGCUGGUCCCCACACCUGUACCAUGACAAACGCAGCAUGCAGCAUUCUACUAGUGUAUGGACAUGCCCUUCUAUGGACUCCACAACAGAGCCUGUCUUCGGACGGAGGAACAUCCAAGUUUACUCUUUCGUGUUAGGGUUCAUCUUCCCUCUGGCUUGGAUGGUUGCCUCUUUCCUCCCUCUUCCGCCCAAGCCCAAGAUGGGCCCGGAAAUGCUGGAAUCCGAUGACGACGUGGAGAUGGUACUUGAGUCGCAGCUUGUAGAUUUGCAGCAGCGACGCUACGACAACGCCCGAUGGUGGAGAAACAUUAAUCGCUGGAUGAUCCCGCUUGGAGUCGUGAUCAUCGUAAUUAUUAUCACAUUGGCUGCCAUUAGCACAACUACAGGCUUCUAA